GAAUUUCGUUCAUUGGGAAAACGUGCUGUAGAGCAGGAUCAAGAAGACAGUUCGCAUUCAGAUUUGCAGCGAGAAGAACGGCGAUUGAGCGCCGAGGAAGAGGAGGAAAUUUAUUUGCGCAAUGUCCUAUAUCGGUACAUGAACGAGCGAGAAACAUUGGGCCGGGAAAGUGUGACAUUGGCUCGUGUAAUAGCGACAGUAGCGAAAUUCAGCGAUGACCAGUUAAAAGCCGUUAUAGCGAAAGAAGAGCAGCGAAAUAGCAGGUGGUAUGGAGGUACGGUGACUAAUACUGUACAAAACUUGUUAGCUUCUUCUCAUUUGUCCGAGCGUACCUUGCAUUCUUAG